AUGACUAAAAGCAGAGGUGGUGGAUGUGAUAAUAGUUGGGGCGAUGAUUGUGGUGGUGAUGAUUAUGGAGGUGGCGAUGGUGCAGGCGAUGACGAUGUGGGUGAUGAUGAUGGUGGAGGUGAUGAUGGUGUGGGUGAUGAUGGUGUGGGCAAUGAUGGUGGAGGUGAUGAUGGUGUGGGUGAUGAUGGUGUGGGUGAUGAUGGUGGAGGUGAUGAUGGUGUUGGUGAUGAUGGAGGAUGUGAUGAUGGUGCAGGUGAUGAUGGUGGAGGUGAUAAUGGUGCAGGUGAUGAUGGUGGAGUUGAUGGUGGUGGAGGUGAUGAUGGUGUUGGUGAUUAUGGCGUUAGUGAUGAUUGUGUUGGUGAUGAUGGUGGAGGUAAUGAUGGUGGAGGUAAUGAUGGUGUUGGUGAUGAUGUUGUAGGCGAUGAUGGUGGAGGCGAUGAUGGUGUAGUUGAUGAUGGUGGAGGUGAUGAUUGUGGGGGUGACGUUGGUGUUGGUGAUGAUGGUGUUGGUAAUGAUGGUGCAGGUGAUGAUUGUGCAGGUGAUGAUGGUGGAGGUGAUGAUGGUAUGGGUGAUGAUGGAGGAGGCGAUGAUGGUGUUGGUGAUGAUGGUCUGGGUGAUGAUGGUGGAGGUGACGAUGCUGGAGGUGAUGAUAGUGGAUGUGAUGAUGGUGGAGGUUGGAAGCGAUGCCACUAG